AAUAAAUAGGAAUUCAUGCCAGGAUAAAGAACCCACACAUUCACGAAUCACGCUUAAACACACGCAUAUCCAUGGCGGAACAGCGCGAGAAGCUUCACGUUGUGGUGUUUCCAUGGCUAGCAUUUGGUCACAUAGGUCCAUUUUUUGAGCUUGCAAAACUCAUAGCUCAAAAGGGUCAUAAAAUAUCUUUCAUUUCCACACCUAGAAAUAUCCAUCGCCUACCCAAAGUGCCUAAAAACUUGCAACCUUUGGUGGAUCUCAUAGAACUGCCACUGCCCCGUGUUGAAAAACUUCCAGAAAAUGCAGAGGCCACAAUGGACAUUCCUCACCACCUCAUUCCAUACCUCAAGCUGGCUUUUGAUGGUCUUCAACAACCUUUGGCCAAGUUUCUGGAGAGAUGCAAACCCCAUUGGAUAGUAUACGACUUUGCACCCUAUUGGUUGCCUCCAAUAACAACUGAACUAGGAAUCCUAUGCAUUUCAUUCUCUAUUUUUAGUGCAACUGGUAUGUAUUCUAUUUCAGAAUAUUUUAUGAGAAAAACAAGUGAGUCUCCGCGGAACAAAGAUAUGCCUGAAGAGGUUAUUGAGACAAAUGAAUCAGGAGUUUCAGACAUGUUUCGAGUGAUUAUAACUUCUGAAGCUUCUCAAUUUACUGCUUCAAGGAGCUGCAUGGAGAUUGAAGGUGAGGCUCUCAAAUUGUGUAAUAGUACAUUCAGUAAACCAGUGAUGCCAAUUGGGUUAUUGCCACCUUCACUAGAGUUCAGUGAAGACAGCAAUGAUGAAAACUGGGAUACCAUACUUAAUUGGUUAGACAAACAGGAAAAAGGGUCAGUGGUUUAUGUAGCCUUUGGAAGUGAAGUGACACUAAGUGAUGAAGACUUUACUGAAAUUACCAUGGGACUAGAAAUGUCUGGUUUUCCCUAUUUUUGGGUUCUGAAGAAGCAAAACACCUCUAACGUUGAGUUGCAAGAUUUUCUUGAGAAUAACACGGGAAAGGGAUUGGUGUGGAGAACAUGGGCACCACAGAUGAGGAUUUUGGCACACAAGUCUGUUGGGGGGUUUCUGACUCACUGUGGUUGGAGUUCAGUGAUUGAGGGUCUUCAAGUUGGGUGUCCACUUGUUAUGUUGCCAUUCCAAAAUGAACAAUUUAUAAUCGCUAAGCAUAUGGAGGAGAGAAGGGUAGGGUUCCAAGUACAGAGAAGUGAGCAUGAUGAGAAAUUCAGCAGAGAAUCAUUGGCCAAUGCAUUGAGAGCAGUGAUGUUGGAAAAAAGUUAUAGAAGUGAAGCAGAGGAGAUGAGUAAGAUAGUUGGGGACAAAGAACUGCACCAAAAAUAUAUAGAUGACUUUGUUGAGUAUAUGGAAAUCCAUAAACCUGUCUUAAAGGAUUAGCCUUUCUGCCAUUCUGUUGUUUCUGUAUCUUAGUAAUCUCAGCCUAUGACAUCCCAGAUUUAAAUUUGUUUUAUCAUUGAGGACAAUCACUUGUUGGAAGAAACAAAUGGCUUGGUGUUUGUGUUUUUCUCGUAAUAUGUCAUCGACAAGGAUGUGCAAAGUUUAUGUUGUGAUUUAUUAUUUGUAAUUGAUAAGUUUUAAGGAUGUUUGUUAUUAUAUGUAACUAAUGCAUAAGUUUUAAGGUUC